CUUCGGGCUAGGGUGGGGACAGGGACAGGGACACACCUCUCUCUGUGGAGUUUUCUUUUUCACCUUUGUCCCUGUCCCGGCUCCGACGCAGUCCUACCGACUGUCGGUUUCAGGGAGAGUCCUGCGAAGCCCCGCGACCCCUCAGGCAGCCCGAGAGAUUGCGGAGUCCCGACCGGAGCCGCGCUCCCUGCCCACGGCAACAUCAGAGCCCAAUGGCGGCGCAUCCUGGCCAGAGCCUGGUGUGUGCCCUGCUCACUGCUGUGGCGCUGGGCUACAGCUCAGAAGCCAGUGAGGAGUCUCCAGUCGUUGUGACAAAGUAUGGGAUGCUGGAGGGAAGGAAGGUGUCUGUGAAGGGGACGGCUAAACCUGUCUAUGACUACCUGGGAAUCCCGUUUGCAAAGCCACCGAUUGGAGCCCUGCGAUUUGCUGCACCCCAGGCAGCAGAAGCAUGGACCGGGAUCAGGGAGGCAACCAGCCAGCCUCCUGGAUGUCUACAAGAUGAAUCUGUACUGGAGGCUUUGAAGAAACUGAUUGCAUUUGAUUUUGCUUCCAAUAAAUCAAGUGAGGAUUGUCUGUACCUGAAUGUGCACACACCUGUCGCGCCAAAAGAGAAGAAUAAGAGACUUCCUGUUAUGGUCUGGAUUCAUGGUGGUGGAUUCAUGAUAGGAAGUGCAUCUGUCUACGAUGGAUCAUCACUUGCAGCUUAUGAGGAUGUGGUCGUGGUGGUGAUCCAGUAUCGGCUGGGAAUUCUCGGAUUCAUCAGCACAGGGGAUGAGCAUCUGCCGGGAAACUGGGGCAUGUUGGAUCAAGUUGCAGCACUGAAGUGGGUCCAGGAAAACAUUGAGAACUUCGGAGGUGACCCAGGUCUGGUGACCAUAUUUGGAGAAUCUGCCGGUGGAAUGAGCGUUUCGUACCAUCUUGUUUCCCCUUUGUCCUCCGGUCUGUUUCACAGAGCGAUAUCAGAAAGUGGGACUGCUUUAAUCAAGUUUGGAAUUCAUCCUGAUCCGAAAUCCACAGCUCAGAUUAUCGCCAACGCCACUGGCUGUGACACUAGCGACUCCCAGGAAAUUGCUGACUGUCUAAAGAAGCUGUCUGAAGAGGAAUUGUUGAAUAUUGUGAAACCUCCCGAAGCAAUUCUGUCUGUCGUGGUGGAUGGUGUCUUCUUGCACAGAGAGGUGGAACAACUGAUUGAGGCAAAAGAGAUCAACUCGGUUCCAUACCUGCUGGGAAUCACCAAUCAAGAAUGUGGUUGGCUAUUGGCAAAGAUGUUGAGCCCACCCGGCUGGGAGGAGGGGAUGGAUCGGGAGACCAUGGAGUCUGUCCUGACGAACAUGAGUCUGAUUAAUAAAGAUUUCCUGAAGAUGACCGUUGAUGAGUAUUUGGGUGACACACAGGACAAAAGCAGGAUCCGAGAUUUGUACCUUGAGCUGAUGGGCGAUGUAUUUAUGUUGAUGCCCACGAUCGAAUUUGCCAGAUUUCACCGAGAUGCUGGGAACACAGUCUUCCUGUACGAGUUUCAGCACAGACCUAGUGUAUACGGAAACAGCCGGCCUGACUUUGUCAAGUCCGACCAUGGCGAUGAUAUUGGAUUUGUGUUUGGUGCUCCAUUUUGGAACAGCGAUGUUAAAUUAUUAGUAAAUGUCACUGAAGAGGAGCUGGCUCUGAGCAGAACAGUGAUGUCCUACUGGGCUAACUUUGCAAAGAGAGGCAAUCCCAACGGGGAAGGGCUGGUAUUGUGGCCACUGUAUGACCACGAUGAAGGAUACAUGCAGCUGGACCUGAAGCAACAGGCCGGGAGCAAGCUGAAGGAACACCGCGUCCAAUUCCACCUCGAGCUACAGAAACAAGAAAGAAAGAAGAAAGCCAGUGAGGAGUCUCCAGUCGUUGUGACAAAGUAUGGGAUGCUGGAGGGAAGGAAGGUGUCUGUGAAGGGGACGGCUAAACCUGUCUAUGACUACCUGGGAAUCCCGUUUGCAAAGCCACCGAUUGGAGCCCUGCGAUUUGCUGCACCCCAGGCAGCAGAAGCAUGGACCGGGAUCAGGGAGGCAACCAGCCAGCCUCCUGGAUGUCUACAAGAUGAAUCUGUACUGGAGGCUUUGAAGAAACUGAUUGCAUUUGAUUUUGCUUCCAAUAAAUCAAGUGAGGAUUGUCUGUACCUGAAUGUGCACACACCUGUCGCGCCAAAAGAGAAGAAUAAGAGACUUCCUGUUAUGGUCUGGAUUCAUGGUGGUGGAUUCAUGAUAGGAAGUGCAUCUGUCUCCGAUGGAUCAUCACUUGCAGCUUAUGAGGAUGUGGUCGUGGUGGUGAUCCAGUAUCGGCUGGGAAUUCUCGGAUUCAUCAGCACAGGGGAUGAGCAUCUGCCGGGAAACUGGGGCAUGUUGGAUCAAGUUGCAGCACUGAAGUGGGUCCAGGAAAACAUUGAGAACUUCGGAGGUGACCCAGGUCUGGUGACCAUAUUUGGAGAAUCUGCCGGUGGAAUGAGCGUUUCGUACCAUCUUGUUUCCCCUUUGUCCUCCGGUCUGUUUCACAGAGCGAUAUCAGAAAGUGGGACUGCUUUAAUCAAGUUUGGAAUUCAUCCUGAUCCGAAAUCCACAGCUCAGAUUAUCGCCAACGCCACUGGCUGUGACACUAGCGACUCCCAGGAAAUUGCUGACUGUCUAAAGAAGCUGUCUGAAGAGGAAUUGUUGAAUAUUGUGAAACCUCCCGAAGCAAUUCUGUCUGUCGUGGUGGAUGGUGUCUUCUUGCACAGAGAGGUGGAACAACUGAUUGAGGCAAAAGAGAUCAACUCGGUUCCAUACCUGCUGGGAAUCACCAAUCAAGAAUGUGGUUGGCUAUUGGCAAAGAUGUUGAGCCCACCCGGCUGGGAGGAGGGGAUGGAUCGGGAGACCAUGGAGUCUGUCCUGACGAACAUGAGUCUGAUUAAUAAAGAUUUCCUGAAGAUGACCGUUGAUGAGUAUUUGGGUGACACACAGGACAAAAGCAGAAUCCGAGAUUUGUACCUUGAGCUGAUGGGCGAUGUAUUUAUGUUGAUGCCCACGAUCGAAUUUGCCAGAUUUCACCGAGAUGCUGGGAACACAGUCUUCCUGUACGAGUUUCAGCACAGACCUAGUGUAUACGGAAACAGCCGGCCUGACUUUGUCAAGUCUGACCAUGGCGAUGAUAUUGGAUUUGUGUUUGGUGCUCCCUUUUGGAACAGCGAUGUUAAAUUAUUAGUAAAUGUCACUGAAGAGGAGCUGGCUCUGAGCAGAACAGUGAUGUCCUACUGGGCUAACUUUGCAAAGAGAGGCAAUCCCAACGGGGAAGGGCUGGUAUUGUGGCCACUGUAUGAUCACGAUGAAGGAUACAUGCAGCUGGACCUGAAGCAACAGGCCGGGAGCAAGCUGAAGGAACACCGCGUCCAAUUCCACCUCGAGCUACAGAAACAAGAAAGAAAGAAGAGUGAGCAGAAUGUCAAAGCUGCUGGCCACCAGCGAUCAGAGCUCUAACAAUCCCAUAAUCAGCUGUUACCAUAAGCCAUAGGAGCAGCAAUAGGCCAUUCAGCCCAUCGGGCCUGCUCCACCAGUCAGUGAGAUCAUGGCUGGUCUAAUAAUUAAUAACUCCCUUUCCUGCCCUUCCCCCAUAACCCUUAUCCCUUCCUGAUUAAUAAGUCUGAGAUGGACAGAUUUUUAAUGAGCAAGUAUCAACAGCCCUCUGUGGGAAAAAAUUCCAUAGAUUCACUCCCCCCUGAGAGAAGAAAUUCCUCCUGAUCCCUCUGUUAAAUGUGUGACACCUUGUUCUGGGAUUUUACUUUCUCAUCCUAGACUCUCCCACAAGGAAAAGGCCCCUCUCUGUAUCUAACCUGUCCGUUCUCCUAAGAAUCCUGUCUGUUUCAAUGGGGUCAUCUCUUAUUACUCAACCUACUCGACUUGUCCACAUAAGACAGUCACUUUAAACCCAGGAUCAGCCGAGUGACCCUUCUCUGGAUUGCCUCCAGUGUCAAUCCUCCCAGAAUAAGGGACCUAAACGUGAUCACGGUAACCCAGUUGUGGUCUGACUAGUGCCUUGUGUCGCUUUAACCAAACCUUCCCUGUUUUAACAUUACAUUCGCAUUGAAAUAAAGGCCAGCUUCCUAUUUACCUCACUUGUAACCGA